AUGGUUAUGUAUCAGGUCUUCCUCGCGGCGGUGGUAGUCGGAGCCAUCAACCUUGGCUCGGUGCAAGCCGCCGUGAUGACGCCGUCGAUGCAGAAGCUGACGUGGCAUUACUACAAAGUUUACAACACUUGUGAGAAUGCUGAAAAUUUUGUGAGGCACCAAGUUGGGAUAUUUUACAAGAACGACAAAAGCAUUGCUCCUAAGCUUCUUUGUCUUCUCUACUCCGAUUGCUUUGUCUCCGGAUGUGAUGCAUCAAUUCUUCUAGAAGGUCCAAACUCAGAGAGAAUGGCACCACAAAACAGAGGACUUGGAGAAUUCGUGAUCAUAGAAAAAAUCAAAAUAGUUUUGGAACAAAGAUGUCCCGGUGUUGUCUCUUGCGCCGACAUUCUUAAUCUUGCAACUCGGGAUGCUGUUCAUUUGUCGGGUGCACCAUCUUAUCCUGUGUUCACCGGUAGGAGAGAUGGUUUGACGUCGGAUAAGCAAACCGUGGACCUACCAUCACCGUCUAUCUCAUGGGAAGAAGCCAUGGCUUACUUCAAAUCCAGAGGCUUGAGUGUUCUUGACAUGGCUACACUUUUAGGAUCACAUUCAAUGGGGAGAACACAUUGCAGCUACGUCAUUGACCGUCUCUACAAUUUCAACAAGACCGGUAAACCAAGCCCGACUAUAAACAAGUCUUUCCUGUCUGAAAUGGCAAAGCAAUGUCCACCAAGAACGAGGAAAGGCCAGACCGAUCCGCUAGUGUACUUAAAUCCGGACUCGGGCUCAAACCACAACUUCACAAGUUCAUUCUACUCCAGGAUUCUAUCAAACAAAUCUGUACUUGAAGUAGAUCAACAACUACUUUACCAUGAUGACACCAAACAGAUCUCUGAGGAAUUCUCAGAGAGUUUUGAGGAUUUUCGGAAAUCAUUUGCUCUUUCGAUGAGCAAAAUGGGAAAGAUAAAUGUGUUAACUAAAAACGAAGGUGAGAUACGAAGAGAUUGCAGGCGUAGAAACUAA